UAGAAAUGGGAGACUAUGAACUGCCUCGCUGUGCCACUGGAACCUAUGGUAAUGUUUUUUCUUUUUAUCUUUACAGUGAAUCUCUUUCUGACUGGGAAAAUAGAAAGUGCUGUUACCUCGUUAGUUGCUUGCAGUGGAGAACUCGAACAGCACACAGAGAGACGAGGUGUCAUCUACAGCCCUUCCUGGCCACGAAACUAUCCUCCAGCAGUGAACUGCAGCUGGUACAUUCAAGGAGAUCGUGGAGACAUGAUAACAAUUAGUUUUAAGAACUUUGAUUUGGAAGAAUCUCAGAAAUGUGCAGUAGAUUGGUUGAUGAUUGGCCCAUCUUCCAAGAGAGAGGAGUACAAAGUGUGUGGAUCUUCCAUACCUCCAUCUUUCAUCUCUGCAAGGGAUCAUGUUUGGAUAUUUUUUCACUCAGAUGCAUCAAGCUCAGGACAGUCUCAGGGAUUUCGCCUUUCUUAUAUUAGAGGAAAGAUCGGUCAGGCUGCAUGCCAGUCGGAUGAAUUCCAUUGUGCGAAUGGAAAGUGUAUUCCCAGUACUUGGAAAUGUAAUUCCAUGGAUGAGUGUGGGGAUAACUCAGAUGAGAGAAACUGCACUGUCCCUCCAACAGAGCCUCCGUCCAGCAUCUGUCCCUCAGGAACAUUCCAGUGCAGUGUAGCCCGCUCCACCAAGUGCUUGAUGAACGAGCUGAGGUGUAAUUCAGUUAAAGACUGCAGUGAUGGUUCAGAUGAAGAUAAUUGUCCUGAUCUUUCCUGUGGCAAAAGGCUGGGUAAUUUUUAUGGAUCUUUUGCUUCCCCAGACUUAUUCCGUGCUGAUCACAGCAAAUCAGACCUUCGUUGCACAUGGUACGUGGAUACACAAGAUAAUCGACAUGUUCUGUUGCAGCUUGAUUUGCAGUUAGGCUACAAUGACUACGUAAAGGUGUAUGAUGGCAUCGAAGAGAGAGGCGAUAAAUUACUGCAGACAUUUUCGUUUCACAACAACAGGCAUCCGGUGAGCGUGGAGUCAUCAAAGGGGCAGCUCACAGUCUCAUAUCAUGCUCGCUCAAAGAGCACUGGCCAUGGAUUCAAUGCAACAUACCAGGUGAAAGGCUAUUGUCUUCCUUGGGAACACCCCUGUGGAAGUGAUGAGGAGUGUUUCACGGAUAAGCAACAUUGUGAUGGCUGGUGGCACUGUCCAAAUGGCAAGGAUGAGGAGAACUGUCCAGCUUGCCAGAAGAAUGAAUAUCCAUGUGAAGGAAAUAGUGGGCUUUGCUACUCGAUACUUGACCGCUGUAAUAACCAAAAGAACUGCCCAGAUGGCUCAGAUGAAAACUGCUUUACUUGUCAGCCAGGGAAUUUCCAUUGUGGAACAAAUCUGUGUAUCUUUGAGACUUGGCGCUGUGAUGGUCAAGAAGACUGCCAAGAUGGAAGCGAUGAGCACAACUGCCUGGUGAUUGUUCCCAGGAAGGUCAUCACAGCUGCUCUGAUCGGGAGUCUCGUGUGUGGCCUGCUGCUGGUGAUAGCACUGGGUUGUGCAUUUAAAUUAUAUUCUCUGAGGACUAGAGAAUACAGGUACAUAAAAACAUCUUGGUUUUAUGAUUCUUUAAUAGCUGACUAUGUAUUUCUUUGAUUAAAGGAGGAAAAGUAAAUUGUUAACGAAAGAAUUCAGAAAAUACUGUGAAAUUCGUUAAGUAGUACUCACUGCUUUAGGCUUAGAGAAGAGUAGUUGAGAUUUUCAGAAGAAGGGGAAAUGUCAACUCUUCUAUGAUCUGUGGAAAAUACACAUCUCUUGUGUAGCCUGGCAGACCUGAAUCUAACAAAUAUCAAAACUAUUUUGAGAAAUUUCCUUUCUUUGCCCGUGCUUUGUAUGUUUGUGCAACUGUGGUUGUGCCCUUUUGAAGAGAGUCAGAAGGGACUUCCUGGUGCCUGUCUCUUGUCAUAUACACCAAGCCUGCCCAUGAUGUGUGCUUGUUGCAGUGCUUCAUGCUGUAUUUUCCAAAAAUAAGCAGAACAAAUGAAUGCCUUUAUUGAUGUAAGUUGGCCUAUUGGAAAAUGUUCAGUUACUACAGAGUCCAAACUCAGACUGGGUUUGCUGAUUUGAUUCACUGUUACUUUUGUUCAUUUUAUUUAUUUUAGCAUCCUGAUAAGGUUUUUCAUCGAGUCCUGGUAAAGAUUUGCCUUUUUGCUGCUAGUUUGAAGCCCUCUGCACUGUGUCUGUGGGUUAACGUGAGAGGAGGCAGGACAAACU